UUCUUUUCGUAACCUGGAAAUAAAGCAACGACGAAAUGAGUGCAUGAAUAAAUAAACGCUGCAGCUGUAAAUGUGCUUCUUUGCAAAGCUGCCUUUCACAAAACACUUUGACACCACAGAAGUGUGUGGCUCAUCCAGGCAGGACUGUGUUAGUAACCGCAGCUGUCAGCAUCAUCGGAUCGGAUGCCCUCAACUGAAGUGACCUGGAUGUGAUACUGGAAUAAAGGCCGUUUCUCGCUUUAUUUUUGACAGACCGAAACAAACCCUGCGAUACAAACGGGAUGGUUGCAGUAGCAGCGGGCAACUAGCUAACUUUGUCAACCGGCUAUUUGACUCGCAUAUUUCUUAUUUAUUAACAUAUACUCCGACAAAAAUGAACGGACUUGGAGAUGCAGUUUUUGUCCGGAUAAUUUAGUUGUCUUGCAUUGUGAAGAUUGGAAAACAUGUGCCCAGAAGUGCAAGGAACAAUGUUGUUAUUGGCCAGUUAGCUUACGUUAGCACAGCUAGCUGUUAGUAAACGCUAACUACAUCAAAUUAGUGGGCUGAGUUAGCCUAGCUAACUCAGCCCACUAAUUUAAAUAGGCACGCACAACAUUCUAGUCCCUAACGCUAGUCUCAUGGAUAGAUUUUAGUACUGACAGCUUUUUCAAGUGAAACAUUUCCUCUUUACAGCGCUUUACCCUUUUUCUGCUGUGUUUACAAAGCUAGCUAGCUAACCAGCUGUGCCGACCAGCCCUGAACUCGUUGCUAUAGUCCGCUGUGGUGUCACGGCAAUCUGUUGGCUGCAGAAGUCAUAUUGCAAACAUAGCUUUACAGUUGUUUAUCUGUCAAGAGAACGACAACCAUGGCUCAAGACGCAUUUCCUCUGCAUUUUCUCGUUUGGAACAAUCAGUACCUAGAGCUUGAUCGAGAGCUGCAGAAAAAAGAGCAGGAUGUGGGGCGCUUGGAUCCGAGGGGGCGCACCCCACUGGAGCUGGCUGUAUGUCUGGGCCACCUGGAGUCAACACGAGUGCUGCUCAGACACUCUGCAGACCCAACACACUGCAACGCUCAGGGCUGGACAAUCUUACAGGAGGCGGUGAGCACUGGAGACCCUGAGCUGGUUCAGCUGGUGCUUCAGUACAGAGACUUCAAGCGUGCCACCGAGAGACUGGCAGGCAUCCCAGAACUGCUUAGCAAAUUAAGACAGGCACGGGAUUUCUAUGUUGAGAUGAAGUGGGAGUUCACCAGUUGGGUGCCUUUGGUGUCGAAGGUGUGUCCCAGUGACGUUUACCGGGUGUGGAAGAGCGGCUCAUGCCUUCGUGUGGACACCACUCUUUUGGGCUUUGAGCAUAUGACUUGGCUGAAAGGACGACGCAGCUAUAUCUUCAAGGGUGGAGAUGACGGGGCUGUGGUGAUGGAGGUGGACCACGAGAAGCAGGUGGUCUACACAGAGCCGCUCGUGUUAUCACCUCGUGAUGCACCCUCCCUUCUUGCAGCCAUGCAGCCAUCACAGGAGAAUACAGCUCAGAGACUGACAUCACCCAUCGUCUCUACACAUCUCAACACACGCAACAUUGCCUUUGAGCGGAACAAAUCGGGAAUCUGGGGAUGGCGUUCUGAGAAGAGCGAGAUGGUCAGUGGCUAUGAAGCUAAGGUUUACAGUGCUACCAAUGUGGAACUGGUGACUCGGUCUAGGACAGAACAUCUUUCAGACCAGGAUAAGUCAAGGAGCAAAGGCUCAAAGACUCCUCUGCAGUCCUUCUUGGGGAUUGCUGAGCAGCAUACAGCUCAUAAUGGGAGUAAUGUGUCCCAAUGUGCCAGUCCUCACAACCCCACAGCCAUCACUGCUGAGGAAUAUUUCAACCCAGAAUUUAAUCUGAACGGACGGGAUAUCGGGCGUCCCAUCGAGCUUACCAGCAAAGUACAGAGGUUUAAAGCAACCCUGUGGUUGAGUGAGACUCAUCCUCUGUCGCUGGCAGAGCAGGUGACGCCUAUCAUUGACCUCAUGGCCAUCUCCAACGCACACUUUGCCAAGCUACGUGACUUCAUCACCCUACGCCUGCCUCCAGGCUUUCCUGUCAAGAUAGAGAUUCCCUUGUUUCAUGUGUUGAAUGCCAGAGUGACCUUCAGUAACCUGUGUGGCUGCGACGAGCCAGUCAGCUCUGUGACGGUUCACAAACCUGAGAGCACUGGAGAAGCUGGUCAGUCACCCCCUCCCUUCCACUGUGAGGUGGACCCAUCUGUAUUUGAGCCCCCGCCAGACUACACCACACUAGGCCCGGGCCGCAGCGAACCAAUGAGAGAUGAGGACGACAACCUGCUGCAGUUUGCCAUCCAGCAGAGUCUGCUGGACGCUGGCACUGAGAGCGACCAGGUGACCAUCUGGGAGGCUCUGACCAACAGCCGCCCAGUGCCACAGUCUCCACUGUACGAGGAGGACUCACAGCUGGAGAGGGCAAUCCAGGAGUCUCUUUCCAUCUCACUGGCCAACAGAGAAGGAGACGACACAGCUGACCCAAGCCAGCCCUCCUGCGUCUCUCCGAUGGACCCGGCUGCUAGCUCCCCUCUCUCCUACAGUGCUGUCACCGAUCCGCGGUUGUCGGGACACUUUGGUGUGGCGAGCAGCUUUGAUGAGCAGCUGCGUAUCGCCAUGGAGCUGUCGUGCAGGGAGCAGGAGGAAAUGGACAGGAAGCGGAAGGAGGAAGAGGAGGAGUUGGAGAGGAUCCUGCAGCUGUCACUCACCGAAAAGUAAUGUCAUAAGAACCUUAACAGAGGCGGGUCUUCAUUAGGGAUCAAUCCUCUUAAUUUAUUGCUUUCAUUUAAUUUUUUAAGAUCAUGAGAUGUUAAGUUAUUACAGAUGUUUUAUUUGUCUCUUUAUUGCACAAAGGCUGCUACAAAAAGAGAAUAACAAAAUAAAUGGUUCAGGUGUGAGUGGGAAAUGGGUGGGAGGGAUGAGAAGACAGGUACUCUUAAACACACACUACAAUGAUGGAGACAAAAGGGAGAGCCUGUUUUUCUUUUUUUUUUUUUUUAUAUUUUUCACAGUCUUGAUGUCUUUAUUGAGUGAUGAAUGAUCCUUAAACUUAAACCUAUAACAUGAUCUGUGAUACUGAUGGGGGAAAAAAAAUUAUGGGAUAACUUAUAAAAAUAUGAUUAUAACAUUUGAACAUUUAUGUUGGCUUCCUCCUAUGUGUGAAAAAUAAAGAAUAAUAAUCACGUG